AAGUCGCCGGGCGGCGAACCGAAAACCCUAAUACACGGAGGUAAGUAGCAGAGAUGGCGGUGCCGCUGUUGUCGAAGAAGAUCGUGAAGAAGAGGGUCAAGAAGUUCAAGAGACCCCAGAGCGACCGCAAGAUUUCUGUGAAGCCAAGCUGGCGUAGACCAAAGGGUAUUGAUUCUCGGGUUCGAAGAAAGUUCAAGGGAUGUACUUUGAUGCCUAACAUUGGUUAUGGCUCAGACAAGAAGACUCGUCAUUAUCUUCCAAAUGGUUUCAAGAAAUUUGUUGUGCACAAUGCCAAAGAGCUUGAGCUGCUCAUGAUGCACAACAGGACAUACUGUGCUGAGAUUGCUCAUGAUGUCUCCACAAGGAAGAGGAAGGAGAUUGUGGAGAGAGCUGCUCAGCUUGAUAUUGUUGUUACUAACAAGCUAGCUAGGUUGCGCAGCCAGGAGGAUGAAUGACGUAGACAUGAGCCUUGUUUCAGUAGCCAUUUUAUCAAUUUUGAAUAAUUCUCUUGUUUUUUAUAAGAUAAUUACACCCCUCAAUGUUAUUUCUAUUAAUGUCUGUGAUUUUACAAUUAUGGUAAAGAUACUCUUAUAUUUACAUCUGCCAUUGUUCAACUCUUGCUUUUUACUUGUAUUGGAAAACAUUGCUGCCUUUUU